GCCACACACGGGGCAGGAAAUUCAUUCAAUUACAACAAUCCACUCGGUCGAAACAGAUAGCGGAUUUUGGUGGAAGGUUUUCCUUUUUCCUUCGGCGCUUGACCUGUCUGUCGUGACGUAAAACUUCAGCCACACACAACAAACUCCCAACUUCUUUGCUUAAAACAUCCACGGAAACAACCGAGAACGUUCCACGCGGCGGCCGGAGUUUGUGGUUUCCCGUUUUUCAUACACGCCGUUUUAAUGCAAACAGUGAAGAAUUGCGUGUGCGUUCGGGAAGGUGAACUGAACUAAAACAUAAAAUUAUAUUUUUUUUGACGUCAACCAACCAACGGUUUUAGUUUUUACUCAACUAGCAAAGUGCCAUAUCGAUAGACGAUAGCGUGGUCUCGUAGUUUUGUAGUCCUAAAUGAAAUACUAAGUGACUUUGUGAGAUCGUGUUUUAACAACGAAACAAUCGGGUUUCCUUGCGUGUCGUUGAACAACAAAGAGAAACCAUGUCGCCAGCGUUUUUGGCCGUAUUUGCGGUCAUUCUGUGCAUUCUGUUCCGGAUACUGAACGUCAGCAGUACACCCCAGAUUCCGGCAAUCGUCUGCAAGGAUGGCCAAUUUAUGGAGUGUUUCAACAAAAUCGCCCCGAUGCUCCGAGAACCAUACAUUCCGACGCGCCUGUGGGGCUUUAGUGGCCACAUCCAGACAAUAAUUCACAGCAUAGUCGGUCGUGUCAAGUGCCCAUGGCCACUGGGCGAACGGGUAUACCUGUCACUGAUGGACGGGUCGACGUUGACGUACGAUUUGUAUCAGCCACUAAUAACGACCGUUGAAGAUGACAUAACCGUGGCCAUCUGUCCCGGAAUCGGUAACUCGUCCGAAUCGGUCUACAUUCGCACCUUUGUACACUACGCCCAGUGCCAUGGAUAUCGGUGCGCGGUGCUGAAUCACAUCGGUGUCCUCGACAGCGUACAGGUUACGUCUACACGGAUCUUCACAUAUGGUCAUACAGAUGACUAUGCGGCUAUGAUAAAUAGUCUGCUGAAGAAGUACCCUACGACUAAUGUAGUCUCGGUGGGCUUUUCACUGGGAGGCAAUCUGAUUUCGAAGUAUCUUGGCGAAGCGAAGCGUCCCUCUAACAUCAUAGGCGGUGUGUCGAUCUGCCAGGGCUACAAUGCGGUGAAUGCGACACAGUGGUUGCUCAAGUGGCAAAACUUCCACCGUUUCUACCUGUACGUGUUAACUGAGAACGUUAAGAGCAUCAUCAUGAAGCACCGGCAUGUGCUGCUGUCGGAUGACAUUAAACAACGACAUCAGCUGAACGAGCGCGAUAUUGCAGCAGCAGCCACGCUCCCUGAAUUGGACGAAGCGUAUACUAGGCGUGUGCACCAGUUCCCUACGGUGAAGGAUAUGUACAGCUGGAGCUCAUCUAUAAACUAUCUUGCAAAUAUCAAACGUCCCAUGGUGUUUGUGAAUGCCCGCGAUGAUCCUUUAGUUCCCGAGAUGCUACUCGAACCAGUGAAACAAUUUGCUGCGAAUCACAACCAAUCACUGUACAUUGAGCUACAGAAUGGUGGCCAUCUUGGGUUCUACGAAGGAGGCUUAAUCUACCCGAACCCCGUUACCUGGCUCGAUCGUGCGCUGGUAUCACUGAUCGGUGGUAUCGUAAUGUCACACAACGAUCUCCUGGUUGCUAAGCAAACGGCACAAGCUUCGUCGAUGGCUAUUUAAAAUUCACUUUCACCAUUCCCUUCUUCGGUGCUCCCAUCGCCGCCAGCUCCGGAACUAAGCCAGCUAUUAAAUUAUGGCCGGAUGCGCUGGGGGCUACUGUUUGCCGCCCUGCCGUCGGUCGCAUCGAUGCGAAGUGUGGUCAUGGCACUCUUGAAGUUGCUCUUCACCCGAUUGUUUGCUAAACGUACCAUAGUCACUGUGGACUUGGCUGCCUCGACGCCAUCGCCGGUAAUGUAAAGAACCGAUAGAGAGACAAUAGCUGUAUCAUUCGAUGAACAGCGGAUGGUUCACACAUGGUUAAGGAAACUAUCGUGAAGAAGAGCAUUCAAUGCAGCUGAAAAAGGAGGGUUUGGUCAAUUGUGAACCGAUGUGAAAUAUCAAGCGAAGUACUCCGUAGAUUGGGAAUAGACUUAAAGUAAUCCCUAUUUUCAACUUGCACAAAACUCCAACAGUUGAAAGCUCUUCAUUCGUUGAUGAAUCGUAGAGAAAAAAGUUGAAACAACUUAGCUAUGGGUAUAGAGCAGCAGACAAAGCGUUUGUUAUUUUUUAUAAGAAAACAUUAAGAAAUACAACAAGCGAGGUUUUGCUACAGGACAAAUUCCCAAGAGGAUUAAAUCGUGAUCAGUACGAUGCGGAUUGACGCCCGUUUUCGAACAUAUACACUCAUAUACAACGCUUGUAGCAGACCCGUAUCCUAACAGUACUAGGUAUACAAAGCCCAGCUAGGUCCUAGGCCAUUAUCAUGUCAUUAUUCUACCAAUUCAUCAUCAUUAUACUUAAACAUUGACUGCGUUGGAUGUUUUUUUUGGAUUUAGUGCUUCUUUGCUAUUUCGAGUAUCAUCGUACAAUGGAGCAGAGUAAUCGUUUGCUCUAUAGUGUUGUGUUUGGUGCCUGCCCAGUGCCCCGAAAUGCGCUACUUAAUAUCAUCGUGUAUUUUCAUCAAUCGGACUGCGUUGCAUCAAACGUUUAACGAAGUAGUACUAAGCGGCGUGACGACGCACACCCAUACAUGCGUGUUUAAAUGUAUCCAGGCACUUUUCGCCGUUUAAGAGCACGGCACGACCGAGCAAAACAACAAGAACAAAACACAAAAAUAACAAAUCGUGGCUACCUUAUCGGUAUCAUAGGGGCUGUAGGUGUUUUUUUCCCAUAAGCAAAAAGGGAAUUAUUCGUGAAAUAUUGUAUUGUGAUAAAUGUUACAUUACUGUUGCGAAUAGUGGGGCACAUUGUUCUAAACGUUUGAUGGGGACAUGUUAGGAAUAUGUAAACAUUUGCGUGACAUUGAAUCUAGCAUAGGAAAGCAAGAGCACAGCAAGGCGUACAGGAGAAAUCAGAAAUAAAACUGUAACCUAAUGUUACGCUAGUUUCAGCAUUUUCCGGAAAGGAAGGGUAACGUUUUGAACACCCGGUAGCUUCCUCCGAGUCCUCAAGUGGAAUCCUCACUUUGCGGUUAAUAUGCAAUAGGCAUUAAGACGUCAAGCGACCCUGAUUGUAUCGUAAAGGUUUCAGCAGCAUAACGAAGACUGCGUAUUGCAAUAAUAUGCUACGUUUUAUCGAGAUGUGGGUAUGUUGCUCAUUCUAAAAGUAUCGUGAUGGUUCGUAGAACCGAAGGUAAUUGAACUGCUGCAUGGUUAGUGUUUUAAAACGUGUGUGACGAUUCGCGGCAUGUUUGGCGGGUUCGGAUGCCGAAGCUAGAGUAAGUAUCAUGCGUGUAGGUCUCAAUGACAACCCUUGAUAAAGGAGCAGAACUAGCGUUGCUCAAGGAUUUUAGUUAGUGAAAAGAAACUGUCUCGGUUAACGUUUAGUAACUUUUAAGAAGCGGAAAAUGAUUUGUUUUAUCAUUCUCAUUCCCUGUAAUCUGUAGCGCACAUUGCAACUUUACUCGCUUCAUUACAGGAUGAUCCAAAGAAACAUUCAUCAAAAGAUAUCCUACAGACAGGACCCAGAAAAAUGCAUUAUUCGCCUCAGAGAACUGCUUAUAGCAUGCGCCCGCCCAUAUUUGUGACCACAUUCCACCUCAAAUAAUCACUGGCACGUAUUUCUGGCGUAUACGUGUAAAAAUCGUAAGCGUGAACAUGUUUUCUAGUGCCACAAUGAAACCGAUCAAAAGACGCAUCCCGCCCAAUACACGAUGUAUGCCUUUUUGGGAAUCCCGUUUUACUCUGCCAAUCUGGCCACAGCCGUGAAGGACAAGGAAAUCGGGAAUGGUUUUCGAAUUAUACCGAUGGAAUCUCUGUCGUAUUUAUACAAUGUGCAACAAAACCAAAUUCUAAUGCUUUUUACCGUUUAUACAAUAAUCGUUUUGCGACCGCAUCGUUUUGCGAGCUAAAGGCUAGCGACGAUGACAGACGGACAAAAUCAAUUUAAAAAAAAACCAAUAUUCAAUGACUGAUGAGCGAAUGCGAUGGAUAAACUGAGCGUAUAACAGUUGGCAGACUUGGUGCCUAGAACUGUUGUAAAAAUGUUGACGCCUUGGUGCACGGCACCCGGAAGUGUGCUUCGGUUUUUCGUUGGAUGGCGAGCUAUCAAUUAAGGAAAGAUACAUAUGCUUGUAGGUGCUCAAUGAUGGGCACUCCAUACUUUUCGCGUGCACGCGUUUGUAUUCGUGGAUGUUGCAGUAAAGGCGAAGUAUGGAAUUGCUAGUAGAAAAAUAAAUUAAUGAUUGUGU